UCUUUCUCUCUGCUCUUUCCAACUGCAAUUCAACCCUAAAUCCCUGGGAUCUCUCUGGUUUGACUCGCCUAGUUGCUUUUUCAGCUGCUAUUCACAUGGCAUGAGGUAAAUUCCCCUCUCUUGUUCAACAAUUUUUCUUGAAAUCUCUCCAUCCACACCGUUAUCUUAGCUGUGAUUAUCCCACGCCUUUUCUUUUGUUGAGUCUUCUGUUAACUGUAAAUCUAGUUCAUCAUUAUCCCACACCCAGUUAUUUGUUCAAGCUGAUCAUCAUCCCCAUCCACCCCACUUUCAUGUUCUGAUCUGGGUGCUAUAAAAAUCAGAUCUUUUCAUCAAAUUUGGGAUCUUUGUUUGUUUUCCACUUCUGGGUGUGUUGAAUUAUAAUCCCAUAUAAGAAAACAAAGCAGGGUUUUUGGUUUUUGGUUUUGGACUUUUGGGGGGUUAUGAUGAGGAAUAUGAAUCAGUACUGUUUUUUUGUUCCAUUGUUUGUGUGCUUGGUAUUAGCUGUUGAACUUGUCCUAGCAGCGGAUUUUACGCCUAAAGAUGAGAUCCUUCUGAAUUGUGGGGGCCCUCCGGUUAGUUCUGAUACUGAUGGCCGUCAAUGGACCACCGAUGAUCAUUCCAAGUUUGGUUCCUCUGCCGGAAAUUCCACCACAUCUCCGGCGGCAACUCAAGACCCUGCCGUCCCUCAGGUUCCCUACACGACGGCGCGCGUGUUCAGCGCGCCGUAUACCUACACUUUUCCGGUGGCCUCUGGUUGGAAAUUCCUCCGGCUGUACUUUUAUUCGUCUUCUUAUUCUGGCCGCAAGGCAACCGAUGCCCUUUUUGCGGUGACGGCGCAAUCCUACACUUUGGUUAGGAACUUUAGUGUUGCUCAGACCACUCUAGCUUUGAAUUAUGCCUACAUUGUGAAGGAAUACUCCAUCUAUGUUGAAGGGGGAACCUUGAAUGUGACUUUCACUCCAUCUACCAAUGCCUCUAAUGCUUAUGCAUUUGUUAAUGGGAUUGAGGUUGUGUCCAUGCCUGAUAUUUAUACUUCUACUGAUGGAACUACCAUGAUCGUGGGUACAAAUACUGCUUUCAACAUUGACAACACCACUGCACUUGAGAAUCUUUAUAGGUUAAAUGUGGGUGGGAAUGAUAUCUCGCCCUCCCAUGAUACUGGUAUGUUUAGGUCAUGGUCUGAUGAUAUGCCCUACCUCUAUGGGGCUUCAUUUGGAGUUACUGAGCUUGCUGAUCCUCAAGUGAAGUUUGAGUAUCCUCCGGGUACACCAACUUAUAUUGCUCCGUCUGAUGUCUACAAUACAUCCAGAACGAUGGGGCCGGAUAACAACAUCAAUUUGAAUUACAACUUGACUUGGAUUUUCUCCAUUGAUUCUGGGUAUUCCUAUCUCGUUAGACUCCAUUUUUGUGAAGGGACGACAAAUAUAACCAAGAUUAAUCAAAGAGUAUUUGAUAUAUUCCUCAAUAAUCAAACUGCUCAAUCUGGGGCUGAUGUUAUUGCCUGGGCGCAGAGUUUUUCCCUUUCACAUUCAAAUGGUGUUCCAGUGCAUAAAGAUUUUGUUGUAUUUGUUCCUAAUGGGGAACCACGACAGGACCUGUGGCUUGCACUGCAUCCAGAUACAACUACAAAGCCCCAGUGGUAUAAUUCAAUCUUGAAUGGAGUGGAGAUAUUCAAAAUUAAUGAUACUACAGGUACUCUGGCGGGGACAAAUCCGAUUCCUCCUCCUGUGCAAGACAUAAUUGACCCAUCAUUGGCUACGGCAUCUAGUCAUAAAUCCAAGAAUCGGACAGGAAUAAUUGCUGGAGGUGCUUGUGGAGGAGUUGUUUUAGUACUUCUGAUUGGGCUAUUUGCUUUUGCUGCAUCCCGUCGCCGUAGGCAUGGAAAAGAUUCUAGUGCAAGUGAAGGGCCAUCUGGCUGGCUUCCGCUUUCUCUUUAUGGUAACUCACACUCUGCAGCUUCUGCCAAGACCAACACAACAGGAAGUUAUGCAUCCUCUCUCCCAGCAAACCUUUGUCGUCAUUUCUCAUUUGCUGAAAUCAAGUCUGCUACAAACAACUUUGAUGAGGCUUUGCUUCUUGGUGUUGGAGGAUUCGGUAAGGUUUACAAAGGAGAAGUUGAUGGUGGAACAACCAAAGUAGCAAUUAAACGAGGGAAUCCACUCUCUGAGCAGGGGGUGCACGAGUUCCAAACUGAGAUUGAAAUGCUCUCUAAACUUCGUCACCGCCACCUUGUCUCACUGAUUGGCUACUGUGAAGAAAACACUGAAAUGAUCCUUGUCUAUGAUUACAUGGCCUAUGGAACACUCAGGGAGCAUCUAUACAAGACCCAGAAACCUCCCCUGCCAUGGAAGCAAAGGCUUGAGAUAUGCAUCGGUGCUGCACGGGGUUUACACUAUCUACACACUGGUGCUAAACACACUAUCAUACACCGUGAUGUAAAGACAACAAACAUUUUAGUGGACGAGAAGUGGGUGGCUAAGGUUUCUGAUUUCGGAUUAUCAAAAACGGGCCCAACAUUGGAUAAUACACAUGUAAGUACUGUAGUAAAGGGUAGUUUUGGGUACUUGGAUCCAGAAUACUUCAGGAGGCAGCAACUGACUGACAAAUCUGAUGUUUACUCAUUUGGUGUGGUUCUAUUUGAGAUAUUGUGUGCUCGCCCGGCUUUGAACCCAGCCCUUGCUAAGGAGCAAGUGAGUCUAGCUGAGUGGGCAUCUCAUUGCUACAAGAAAGGCAUUCUUGACCAAAUCAUUGAUCCUUAUCUGAAGGGCAAGAUAGCUCCAGAAUGCUUUAAGAAGUUUGCUGAGACCGCGAUGAAGUGCGUGGCUGACCAGGGCAUUGAAAGGCCAUCCAUGGGUGAUGUUCUGUGGAACCUUGAAUUUGCUUUGCAGCUGCAAGAAAGUGCAGAGGAAAGUGGCAACGGCCUUGGUGUAAUGCACAAUGAAGAUGAGCCAUUAUUUGAAGAUUCUAAGGGAAAGAAGGACUCCGAUGCAAUACUGGGUUAUGAUGGUAAUGUUACUGACUCCAGAAGCAGUGGCAUUACUAUGAGCAUUGGAGGUAGAAGCUUAGCUAGUGAAGACUCUGAUGGGUUAACGCCUAGUGCUGUGUUUUCUCAGAUCAUGAAUCCAAAAGGGCGUUAAGGUCAUGUAGUAACUCAUUCCAUACACGGUCAACAACUCAAGUUCGGUAGUGCAAUCUGCUUUCACCACAUUUGAAGUUUACUUGUUAUUAAUCUUCCUAAUAUUAUUAUCCCUUUGUCUUGUUGUUUCUGAUUUAUUUAUUAUUAUGAUGUAAGUUGUAAUUUGUGUCUACGUUACAUAAAGAUUGAAGAGUAAACAUAUUGUAACGAUGUGGUUGUGAUCUGAACUUUUGUAAACCCCCCUCCCUUUACUUUUCUCCAUGGUUGAUAAGACGUGCAAAACAAUGAUAUGGUCUGACUGUAAAUCUAGCAUAUGCAAUAUCAUGAUCAUUAUCUAUAUG